GGAGGGGGCGGGGGGCCGCCGAGGGCGCCCGAGCUGCGACGCGCGAGCCAUGGCGCUGGGGCUGCAGCGCGCAAGGUCGAGCACGGAGCUGCGCAAGGAGAAGUCGCGGGAUGCGGCUCGCAGCCGGCGCAGCCAGGAGACCGAGGUGCUGUACCAGCUGGCGCACACGCUGCCCUUCGCGCGCGGGGUCAGCGCCCACCUGGACAAGGCCUCCAUCAUGCGCCUCACCAUCAGCUACCUGCGCAUGCACCGCCUCUGCGCCGCAGGGGAGUGGAGCCAGGUGGGAACAGGGUUGGAGCCACUGGACGCCUGCUACCUGAAGGCCCUGGAGGGUUUCGUCAUGGUGCUCACGGCCGAGGGAGACAUGGCUUACCUGUCGGAGAACGUCAGCAAACACCUGGGCCUCAGUCAGCUUGAGCUCAUUGGACACAGUAUCUUUGACUUCAUCCAUCCCUGUGACCAAGAGGAGCUUCAGGAUGCCCUGACCCCCCGGCACAGCCUGUCCAGAAGGAAGCCGGAGGCCCCCACCGAGCGCUGCUUCUCCUUGCGCAUGAAGAGCACCCUCACCAGCCGCGGGCGCACCCUCAACCUCAAGGCGGCCGCCUGGAAGGUGCUACACUGCUCUGGACACCUGAGGGUCUACAAGCCCCCCGCACAGACUUCCUCAGCUGGGAGCCCCAACCUCGAGCCCCCCCUGCAAUGCCUGGUGCUCAUCUGUGAAGCCAUCCCCCACCCGGACAGCCUGGAGCCCCCGCUGGGCCGGGGGGCCUUCCUCAGCCGCCACAGCCUGGACAUGAAGUUCACCUACUGCGAUGAGAGGAUUGCUGACGUCGCUGGCUACAGCCCCGAUGACCUGAUUGGCUGUUCUGCUUACGAGUACAUCCACGCGCUGGACUCUGAUGCCGUCGGCCGGAGCAUCCACACCUUGCUGAGCAAGGGACAGGCAGUAACCGGGCGGUAUCGCUUCCUGGCACGGAGUGGUGGCUACCUGUGGACCCAGACCCAGGCCACCGUGGUGUCAGGGGGCCGGGGCCCCCAGUCUGAGAGUAUCGUCUGCGUCCACUUCCUGAUCAGAGGGAGCUGGGGAAGACACACUCAACUUUCUUGUAAAUGCUAUUAUAAUAAAAAGCAUUCGAGACCAAUCAAAUCCUUAAAUCCAGAAACAAGUAAAUGUGGCCAAUUAUUUCCUGCACGAUGCCCUCCUGCCCCCCGGUGGGAUUGCCUCCUAAGACAGGACAUCAUCCGAGGGGGCUGCCUGGGCCGGCCGAGGACCCUCCCUGACUCCCCCUCCCCUUUCUGCCCUGUACCCAGCCGGGUGGAAGAGACCGGAGUGGUGCUGUCCCUGCAGCAAACGGAGCGACGUUCUCGCAGACCCCUGCAGCCAGCCACCCCCUCUCAGAAGGACACCCCCAACCCUCGGGCCAGCCUUGACGUCUCUGGUCCCCGGAUCCUGGCCUUCCUACACCCCCCUGCCCUGAGCGAGGCCACCCUGGCCGCUGACCCCCGCCGCUUCUGUAGCCCUGAUCUCCGUCGCCUCCUGGCACCUAUCCUAGAUGGGACUGCGGUAGCUGCCACCCCCAGCGCACCCCCAGCCACACGGCGCCCCCCGAGCCCCCUUCCGGCUGAUCUCCCAGAUGAGCCACCUGUGGACACGGAGAACGCACACAAAGUCUUGGCCUCUGGGAGAGACCUUGAGGCAGUGGAGACAGAUCUAGCCACAGCUCAGGACGGCGAUGCCCUGGAUUUGGAGAUGCUGGCCCCCUACAUCUCCAUGGAUGAUGACUUCCAGCUCAACUCCAGUGAGCACCUGCCCAGGCUCUACCACAGACCUCUGGGGGUUGCCCCCCGGCCUCGCGCCCGGAGCUUCCACGGCCUGUCUCCCCCAACUCCUGAGCCCUCCCUGCUGCCCCGCUGGGGGAGUGACCCCCGGCUGAGCUGCUCCAGCCCUUCCAGGAGGGACACCUCCGCCCCAUCCAUGGCUGGGGCUCGGAAGAGGACCCUGGCCCGGAGCUCAGAGGAUGAGGCCGAGGGGGCAGAGCUGCUGGGGGUGAGACCCCCUAAACGGUCCCCCAGCCUAAGACCCGAAAACUUCCUACUGCCUCCUCUCAGCCUGAAUUUCCUCCUGACAGGACCAGCCCCGGGGCGGCAGCAGGAUCCCAGCACCCACCUCCUGGAACUGAAUGAGCCCCUGGGCAUGGGCCCUUCACUGCUCUGUCUCUACCCGGAUGAGGACGCCACCCAACGCAAAAGCCACUUCCAGCCGGUGACAAGCUUGACCCAGGCCCACUGAACCAGCUCCUCUUCUCAUCUCUCUUCUUCCCAGAAAGGACCUCACCCACUCUCCAAGCUGGCAGCCAAUGCACAGUGGCCCCUGCCCACCUCGGGCCUACCUCAGUCGUCGCCCCUGUCCCCCUCCCCCAUCCGGGGGCUCUUUGGGGUGGUCUCAGCUCAGUGACCUCUGGGAGGGGGGUCUCCGGCCCCUUCCUCCUGUCUCUCAGGACUUCCCUUGGGGUUCUUCGUACUGGUUACCUCAUUUCUUUCUCCAACUCUCUUGGCUUCCUUUUGGGUAACUAGGGGUGGGAGGCUGGGGUUGGGAUCUGUGUUUCUAGGCCCUGGGGUGUAUUGAUAACCAUAAUCAAUCACAUUUCUUCCCAUCUAUCUUUCUUUUAUUAUUGCUCCUAUUUUUUUGUUUUUCAUGCUGUUUUUAAUUGCUAUGACUCGCUGGGAGUCCAUAAGAAUGUGGAACUUUGAUCUUCACCCCCCCACUCAGGUGUCAAUGGGGAGGGGGGCCUCUGGGCCAGACCCCCCCGCUACCCGGCGACUUCUCAUUGAGCCCUUAGCCUCCCAAGCAGCCACCCAGCUCUGCCGACCUGGCUACCUCCUCCACUCUGGACUUCUGUGGCCCCCAGCCUUGCCUGGACACUGACUUUACUCUUGAAUCUCCUAUUCCAGGUAUAGCCUCCAACUUCCUCUAGUUGGCUGCUUCCGUACAAUACAACCUCCAGCCUUCCUUUGGUUCCAGACUGUGCAACCUCAGACCUUUCUGGUUCCAGACUGCACAACUCCCUACCUUCCGUUUCUAGACGGCACAACCUCCAACAUGGUCUGGUGGAGACCUAGCACCCUCCAAACCCCUCUGACUCUAGAUCUCACAGUCUUCUGCUUUCUCCUUCUGGACUUCAUGACCUCCAACUCUAUUUUCAUCAGAAGUUGUCUGAUUCUAGACCUCACACCCUCUAACUCCCUCUGGCUCCAGAGCCUCUGACCACCGGAAUCCUCUGGGUCUAGAACCCAAUCUCUUUCUCUGGUUCUGGACCUCUUCCUGUAAACUCCUUUGUUCUAGAUGGCACUCUCUCCCAUUCCUGCUGGUUCCAGAUCUUACAACCGAGUGUUUUCUCUGAUUCUGGACCCCACAACCCCAUGCUUCCUAUUGGCUCUGCUCUUCCUAAUCUGGAACACAUCUGGUUCCAAAUCCAGACUUUCUAACCUCUAAAUCCCAGGAUUCCCAGCUCAUUCCUUUAAACUUUGUACACUCAAGAUUUGCUUUUCUCAUCAAAAAGGAGAAAACUGAGUUCUGUGUCUUUUUAAAAAUAUAUAUUUUUAUUGAUUUCAGAGAGGGAGAGGGAGAGACAGAAAUAUCAAUGAUGAGAGUCAUUGGUUGGCUGCCUCCUGCAUGCCCCACACUGGGAAUC